UUUAUUUUAUUUAGAUCACUCCUAGCAGCUGGAUCUGAUUCACAACCAUCGUUAACGACACACUGUGAAGAAACUCCUUCUAUCGAAUUCCAAUGGGAAAGAAGAAAGAGACAGAUCCUCCAGCCCUGCAAAAAUACGGCGUCCCUCUAUAUUCAGCUGCUUGGCUUCCGCUUAAAUUCCGUCACGAGGACCACGAUUCCUCUAAACAACAUGAACGGGAACAGGACAAGGACAGGGAGGAGAUCACCCACGCCUCUGCUUCUUCCUAUGAAUACUAUGUCGUUUUGGCCGGCGGUGGCGGUGAAGGCCGCAGCGGCAUCCCCAACGCUGUACUUCUCUCCCGUUUCGAUUUCUCCUCCAAUUCUCUCUCUCCUCAGCCCGUAGCUAAGCUUAAUCUUGGUUCUGAUUUGCCCUAUAGAAUGGUGGUUCACCCCGGUGGAGACGGACUUAUUUGUGCAUUGCCGAAUAGUUGCCGAUUUUUUGAGUGGGAUGAAGUCGAGGACAAUGAAGACCAUAAAUUGGUCCUUAAAUCGUCUGAAAAAGUAUUGACACAAUUGGAAGAUGUUGGACAGCAAUUAGCAUUGGUCUUUAACAGUGACAGCUCUGUGCUUGCUGUUGGCGGAGAGGAUGGCAAUUUAAGGGUUUUCAAGUGGCCUAGCAUGGAAAUUAUUCUCAACGAGGCUCAAGCCCAUGCGUCUUUGAAGGACCUGUGUUUCAGCCCUGAUGGAAAAUUUCUCGUUUCAUUGGGAGGUCGUGGCCCUGGUAGAGUCUGGGAUGUAACUUCAUCAAUGGCUGUUGCCUCUUUAUCAAAGGAAAAUGAUGAGAUUUUUGCCUCCUGCAGAUUUUCUCAAAUUAGUGAUCAGACUCAGGUUCUGUAUGUUGCGGCAAUUACAGACAAAGGUUCAAGUAUCGUGACAUGGAACGCAAGCUCAUGGAAGAGAGUGAGCUCAAAGCAUGUAUUCCGUGAACCAGUUUCUUCCUUUAAUAUCUCACCUGAUGGAAAGUUUCUUGCAAUAGGCACGGCUCAAGGAGAUGUGAUACUUAUAAAUUCAACCAAUAUGUGUAUUCAAACAAUGAUUAGGAAAGCACAUCUUGGCAUAGUAACAGCAUUGACAUUCUCUCAUGAUUCAAGGGCUUUGGUCUCUGCAUCUAUGGACUCAAGUGCAAGGGUGACACUAGUUGAGGACAAGAAAUGUGCUGCAGGAGGAUCAAGCUUGCGGAUCAUUAUAUUCAUCAUUAUAAUGGCAAUUGUUGUAUAUUUCUUGAAGAAUGAAGGAGUUCUUCCGUUUCUUGGCUAGAUGUUGUUAGCACUAAAUUAAUGUAAAUUGCACCCUUAUUUAUGGAAUAGAAGCUGUAAAUGAUAGGCCAGAGCCUAUCACGGUACAAUAAUGUCAACCUGGUUUUGGUUUUGAGAAUGUAAUCUUUUGACUUAUAAUAAUGCCACUUGAACUGUGGCCCUAAAAUUACUUGUUGCUUGUGGUUGGCUUUUAUCGUGGUGAUUGUUCCCCAAA